UUUUUAGAACUGUGGUGUGCCAAAGUAGAUUUACCUUCAAUAACCAUUUAUUAAAUCUCUAUCCAUUAGACUCAAGAGCUGGCUGCAUUAAGCCUGAUUAUGGGAUGCCUGGCAGAGGAAAAGGGUCUAUGUGUCAAGUGUGUCAUCGAGUGAUUUAUAUCCCUGGCUGGGAUCUCUGUCUUGUCAUUCGAGAGUCUGCCACACAGAGGAGAGAGAAGCGUUCAGACCUGCACUGAUGGUGAACCAUAGGUUUAAUCAGUUUGUAGCGUGAGCCCAGACUCUGCUGGCAUGCCCUGACUCAGUGGCUCUCGUGGGGUUUCUGUCUAAUGUUGCCACACUUCAAGGAUCCCUUUCCUGACUUAAGUCUUCAACAUGGACCCUAAGGGUCCCGGUGGCCAAGUGAAAAGGUCCUCCCUGAAACGCAGCGCAUCUGGCUCGCAGAAGGCGCAGAGGGCUUGGAUUGAGAGGACCUUUGUCAAGCGAGAAUGUGUUCACAUAUUUCCCGGCAAGGAUCCAACCAGAUGUGCCUGUGGUCAGCUGGUAACGCAGCACCCGGCCAUCCCUCCCGGAGCCAGCUCCUUAGAGGAAGCCACCCUGGUGAAUAUCGACCCCCAAAAUGACAAAUGGAGUGUGAUCAAACACACCAGGACGUAUCCAACAGACUCCUAUGGAAACAUCGAAUUCCAGGGAGGAGGGUUCAUGAACAAGGCCAUGUUCAUUCGGGUUUCGUACGACACCAAGCCUGACAACCUCCUGCACUUGAUGGUGAAGGACUGGCAGCUGGAGCUGCCCACCUUGCUCAUCUCCGUGCACGGAGGUCUCCAGAACUUUGACCUCCAGCCCAAACUCAAGCAAGUGUUCGGCAAAGGCCUGAUCAAAGCGGCCGUCACCACGGGAGCGUGGAUCUUCACGGGCGGCGUUAACACCGGGGUUAUCCGUCAUGUUGGAGAUGCCUUAAAGGACCACUCCUCCAAGUCACGGGGGAAAGUGUGCGCAAUAGGAAUUGCUCCAUGGGGGAUCUUGGAGAACAAAGAGGACCUCCUUGGAAAAGAUGUAACCAGGCCAUAUCAGACCAUGGCAAACCCACUGAGCAAGCUGGCGGUGCUCAACAACAGCCACUCCCACUUCAUCCUGACCGACAACGGAACGUGCGGAAAGUACGGCUCUGAGGUCAAGCUCCGCCGGCUGCUGGAGAAGCACAUCUCCCUGCAGAAGAUAAACACCCGUUUGGGGCAGGGGGUUCCCCUGGUGUGUCUGCUAGUGGAGGGAGGCCCCAACGUUAUCUCCAUAGCCCUGGAGAGCCUGAGGGACGAGCCUCCCAUCCCGGUCGUGGUGUGUGACGGCAGCGGCCGCGCUUCUGACAUCAUAUCAUUCGCACACAAGUUCUCAGAGGAUGGAGGGCUGGUCAACGAUGAUGUCAGAGACCAACUUUUAGUCACUAUUCAAAAGACCUUCAAUUACAGCAAGAGCCAGUCCCAGCAGAUCCUGCUCAUGGUAAUGGAGUGCAUGAAGAAGAGGGAGCUGAUCACAGUGUUUCGAAUGGGGUCUGAAGGUCAACAAGAUAUUGAAAUGGCCAUACUUACCGCCCUCUUAAAAGGGACAAACGCUUCAGCAUCAGACCAGCUCAGUCUGGCUCUGGCCUGGAACAGAGUGGAUAUCGCUCGCAAUCACAUCUUUGUUUACGGGCACAAUUUACCCCCUGCCGGAGCCAUGGCCGUCACCACCACCUCUGGAGCCCCGGCUCAGGAAAAACCCAAGAGUCCUGCCACGGCCCCCCGCGGGAAGGCCCGCGCAAAGAAAGGGAAGGGCAAGGGGAAGGCAAAACCUGAACCUCCGGAGGAAACAGAUCCCAGGAAGCUGGAGCUAAUGCGUUGGGUGAACUCUCUGGAGCAGGCUAUGAUGGACGCUCUGGUGCUGGACAGAGUGGACUUCGUCAGACUUCUGCUUGAGAAUGGGGUCAACAUUCACCACUUCCUCACCAUCCCUCGGCUGGAGGAGUUAUACAACACGAAACUUGGCCCUGCAAAUACUCUGCACGUUGUGGUUAGGGAUGUCAAAAAGGGAAACCUUCCUCCAGAUUAUCAGAUCACUUUGAUUGACAUUGGACUGGUGCUGGAAUUCCUCAUGGGUGGAGCGUACAGGAGCAAUUAUACAAGGAAGGCUUUCCGCAACCUGUACAAUAAUCUGUAUGGAUUAAAGAGGCCUAAAGCUUUGAAGCUGUUGGGAAUGGAGGAUGAUGAACCAAGGACUAAAGGCAAGAAAAAGGCAAAAAAGAAGAAAGAAGAAGAAGUAGAAAUUGACGUGGAUGACCCCGAGGUGUGCAGGUUCAAGUUUCCCUUCCAUGAGCUGAUGGUGUGGGCAGUGCUGCUGAAGCGCCAGAGGAUGGCGCUGUUCCUCUGGCAGCGUGGGGAGGAGGCCAUGGCAAAGGCCCUGGUGGCCUGUAAGCUGUACAAGGCCAUGGCUCACGAGUGCUCCGAGAGUGAGCUGGUAGACGACAUCUCCCAAGACCUGGAGAACAACUCCAAAGAGUUCGGGCAGCUGGCCUACGAGCUGCUGGACCAGUCCUACAAGCACGACGAGCAGGUGGCCAUGAAACUCUUGACCUAUGAGCUGGUGAACUGGAGUAAUUCCACCUGUCUGAAGCUGGCAGUGGCUGCCAAGCAACGGGACUUCAUCGCUCACACCUGCAGCCAGAUGUUGCUCACUGACAUGUGGAUGGGAAGCUUGAGGAUUGGAAAAAACCCCGGUCUCAAGGUUAUUCUGGGAAUCAUCAUUCCCCUUUUCAUCAUGUUGCUGGAUUUCCGUAUCGGAGAUGAUGCCUCCCACCAAAAACCUGGAGAAAAGGAAGGGGGAAAGAACAAGGAUGAAGACGCAAAAUCCAGCAAGGAUCCAAACAACGACACAACUUCCCGAAAGGGCGACGAGGAGGAGGGCAGCGUCAAAGUCCAUAGGAUUCCCAUUGGAAAAAGGUUUUUUGAGUUUUACGACGCGCCCUUCACCAAAUUCUGGUUCAACACGAUUUGCUACCUUGGUUAUUUGUGUAUGUAUAAUUACAUUAUCCUGGUGAAAAUGGAGCGAUGGCCAUCCUUACAAGAGUGGAGCGUCAUAGCAUACAUCCUCACCCUUGGCACAGAAAAAGUCAGACAGAUUCUGAUGUCCGAGCCAGGGAAGCUGAAGCAGAAGAUCAGUGUGUGGAUGGAGGACUACUGGAACAUCACAGACCUCGUUGCCAUCGCCACCUUCCUUCUGGCAGUCAUGCUACGUCUGCAACCUGAGCCCUACAUGGGUUAUGGCAGGGUCAUCUACUGCAUAGACAUCAUCUUCUGGUACAUUCGUGUUCUCGACAUCUUCGGGGUCAACAAAUACCUGGGACCCUACGUGAUGAUGAUAGGGAAAAUGAUGAUCGAUAUGAUGUACUUUGUGGUGAUCAUGCUGGUGGUGCUGAUGAGCUUUGGGGUGGCCCGGCAAGCCAUUCUUCACCCUGACGAGGAGCCGACGUGGCGCCUGGCCAGAAACAUUUUCUACAUGCCCUACUGGAUGAUCUACGGAGAGGUUUUUGCAGACUCGAUAGACCGUAAGACUAGAAUUCAUAUCUAUGCUAUGGAAAUCAACCCUCCAUGUGGAGAACAUUUAUAUGAUGAGGAUGGGAAGAAACUUCCUCCGUGCAUCCCUGGAGCCUGGCUCACGCCAGCUAUCAUGGCCUGCUACCUGCUCGUGGCCAACAUCCUUCUGGUCAACCUACUCAUCGCCGUCUUCAACAACACUUUCUGUGAAAUCAAGUCCAUUUCCAACCAGGUGUGGAAGUUUCAACGAUACCAGCUGAUCAUGACUUUCCACGACCGCCCAAUCCUGCCUCCGCCUCUCAUCAUCCUCAGCCACCUCUACAUCGUCUUCAACAGGCUGUUCCGGCGCUGCAUACGGAAAAGAGCGGAGGGAGAGCUGGAUGAGAAGGAUCGAGGCCUCAAGCUCAGGCUGAAUCCAGAGGAGCUCAAGAGUCUGUACGAGUUUGAGGAACAGUGCGUGGAGGAAUAUUUCCGUGAAAAAGAAGAUGAACAGCAGUCUUCAAGCGAUGAACGCAUCAAGGUUACUUCAGAGAGGGUUGAGAACAUGUCAAUGCGCUUGGAGGAGGUGAAUGAGAGGGAGAACACCAUGAAGGCCUCCCUGCAGACAGUGGACCUGCGUCUGGCCCAGCUGGAGGAGAUCCAUGGACGCAUGGCAGUCGCCCUGGAAAAGCUGGCAGGGGUGGACCGGCUGGAGUUGACCAGGACCUUCUCACGAAACUCGUCUGUGUGCGAUCCCUCCUCCCUCCUCCGCCAGGGCAGCAUCAGCAGCGCCGAUGGUUACAGCCUUUACCGCUUCCACAUGGACAUGGAGGAGUUCGCCUCCAAGACGAAGGAGACAGAGGAGAAGACGACCUCCGCGCUCAAUGUCAAGGAAAGCGGUCAGACCUUAGAGGUGAAGGGUUUGGAGAGGGCGCGGCCUGGGUCCUGCGUGGACAUUCUCAUAUCUCCGUGUGAACAAAAGCCUGAUUCUCCGUUAUCGAGUCUAGAAACCAUGCCCAACCAAGACAGCGCGAUGAUGCUUGAUCCUUUAACUGACAAAAACAGACUGAAACCUUUAUCCCCUGCGAAAAGGACAAAAUCUUUAAAAUCCUUUGCAGCUGAGGACCAGCCCCUCUCUUUGACAAAGAGAAGAGCAAUGAGCAGCAUCGCUGUGAACCCACCGGAUGAACCCGAUCAACUCACCGUGCCUACAGGGAAGACCAGUCCCCUGGUAGGAACCUCUUCUUCUCCAAGAAGGGCUGUCUCUCUAAGAUAUCUUGCGACAGAAGACCAAAGUGAGACAUCUCUUAUCACAAAGAAGAGGGCUAUGAGCAGUGUCAUCUACAACCCAGAUGAGGGUGGGGGUGAUGUGCUCACUAAAUCUCCCAGUCAGAGCCCAGCAAAUCCAGAGUAUCAGGUACACGCGCCUAAAGUAUCCGCAGUCAAAGCGCUCACCCAACAGUUUCAAACCGCCACGGCAUCGGCAGCAGAACCAGAGGAAGGCAGUAAAAGGACGAAGGCCAAGAGAAACGUCUCAGACAGCACCGCAUAUCUGACCGUAGCCGACGAAAAGUACAUGCGCUCUCAGCGGUCGCAGAGCUGCAACGCCAGCGACAGGGGGGCCAAGCCCCUGGUGGUCCCCAAGGAGCCGAGAGCCUCCAGCAGCGAGAGAGACCUCACGGGAGCUGGCACGGUGUCGGCGCUUGGACAGGAGGAGGAGAAGAUCAAGAGCGAGGCGGGAAAGACGCAGGAUGAUGCACAGGAACCAAAAUAAAAGCUACUGAUGAAAGCUCAAAUCCUCCACACCGAGAAAACGUCUCCUAACAGGAUGACAGCAACGGAGGAAUCAUCACGAUGCUAUUUAUCGAUCAAGGGUAGUGAAAUUCAGCACUCUCAUAAAGAUCUACUUCCUUUACUUCUGCAGACUUCCACUUGUGUAACAUACAAGACCUUACAGAGACAAUCAGUUCCAGUAGUUAUUACCCCUUGUUACCCCACGUAGGCGAUGUAAAUGGGACCCGCCGGAUGUCUUUUGUUUCAGAACAAAAAUGAGAUAAGCAUGCAUGCAAAAACAUGAACAGCAAAAACAUUUACAUACGAUCGACAUGUCCGAAUACUGCUUGUAAACAUUUCCAGAUACUGUGUGCUUAGUAAUGACCCUUCUGGGGUCUCCCUACAGCUCUCAAGCAAAUACUGACAGUGGUAUUAACAGUACGUAUUCACCACAGCUUCCAACAAA